AUGGGCGAACUUGAAAAUCAGCCAAUUACUAAUUUGCCCGUAGAAGAUGAUCAACAAGAAAAUCAUUCGGAAAUUCAACUUGAUGGAGUUAUUGAAGAUAAUCCAGAAGAGAAUAGUUUAAUUUCAUCAACACCUUGCACUGUUCCCUCUUCCUCAGACGUUUCUGAUGAUCCAGCAGAAAAAUCACCUGUCGAGAUUACCAAUAGUGUUGAUUUGGAAGUUGUUGCCAAUGACAGUUUGGACACUGUGGAAAACUCGUUAGCCGCUGAGGCAACUGAUGAAUUGGCAGACAAUACAUUUCUUGCCCCGAUUUCUGGUUGUACUGAUUCGGUUUCCUCACAACGAUCAGAAGUUAAUGGAUCGUUAUUUGUUAAGCAAAAGGUUUUGAAAGCGCCUAACAGACAGUUUUUGUCUUCUGAUGUUACUCAUGUUCCUAUUCAACCAUCAGAUAUUAUAGAAUAUGAAUGGCCUCAAAAAUCGGGAGAACGUUUUUUUAUCCAGGAACAAAUAUCUGAACUUCUUGGUAUCAGUUCUUUCAAACGUAAAUAUCCAGAAAUGCAUCGCCGAACUAUUGAGCCAGCAGAACGAGAUAUGCUUUUAAAAGAAAAGAAGGUUCAAAUCGCGCUAACUGCUCAUCAUUUGACAGCACUCCAUGCUGUGGAUGUUUACGAAUUAAUGUCAUCAGAAUAUCCCGAAAUAUAUUCUUCUUACCAAAAAGCCUGUAAUGAACGUGUUAGGCAGGCUAUGCUUGAAAAACAAAAAGAAUUUGAAGCUAUUAAAACGGAUGCAAAAAAAUUGGCAGAAUUGCGACAAAAGGCUAUUCAAAGUUCUUUUACUUUCAAUUCUGAUUUACAGGCUGUUCGGAAAGCAGAAAGAACACAAUAUUGGGAACUAAACACAAAUAUAAUUCAUUCACCGCUGAAUAAAUGGAUGCGCGUGGCAAAGGAAUAUACUAAACCAUCAAUUUAUCCAGUUUAUUUAGUUCCUGGACAAUAUACUGAUUACUACAAAAAGUUUACUUCAACAGAAUUGCGUUCUUUACCUUUCAAUACUGUUUUAAAUACGAGACGAUUAUUUCCACCCAAACGGGAUUUAUCACCACCAUCAAUUAAAUUAACGGAAGAAGAACUGUCUGGACCUAAAGAAACAACAGAAUCAACAAUUUUGGAUCAAAAAGACGCCAAAGAAGAUUUUAAAAAUACAAUAAUGGCAAGAGAAUGUGAUUCUCCAAAAAGUUUGCAGAGGCCUUUGCCUCCAAAAAUGCGUAAAAUUGGAGGGGACAACGGAUUUGCUUCUAAAAAGAAUUCAACUUUCUCUUCUUUUCCUCGUCCUCUACAAAUUACUUCAGCCUCUUCCUCAUUUUCCUCGAAUAUUCCUAUUGCUUCAGUCAAACUUUCAACACCCAAUUGCUCAAUCUGUCAGCUUCCAGAUGCUGGGUUAUUCCAAGGGAAAUCUGCUAUGGUUAGAUGUUCAUCCUGCCAACAACGAAUGCAUUCUUCUUGUAUUGAUAUGCCUCAAUCAAUGGUGGAUAUGAUUAGGCAAUAUGAUUGGCUUUGUAUAGAUUGUAAACGAUGCUAUGUCUGUCAACAACCUGACCAGGAAGCUGCCAUGAUGUGUUGUGAUUUGUGUGACCGUGGUUAUCAUACAUUCUGUAUUGGACUCGAUCAACCGCCUAAUGGUACUUGGCAUUGUCCGAAAUGCAAAGAAUCUAACCAUAACUCAUCAACGACUAUUGAAAUUAAAUCUGAAGUUAAUUUGAGUCAAAAAUGGAAUUUUACAAAUCAAAUGGCUUCGGGCAGUGAUCCACAUGCAAAUCAACCCAACGUCUCAACUCAAAUAAAAAUUGAAAAGAAGCCUAAAAUUGAGCGGAAGAGAGGAAGACCGAGGAAGAAAGUAUCCGAAGAUGUUCCAGCAGGUGAAUAA